UGGAAAAGAGGUUACGGAUAAGCUUUUGCGGGCGACGACGAUGUCGAUAGGAACUGCUGCUCACCUCCACCUCAACGUCAACUUCACUCCUUACUGUCUUCUCCGUCACUGGCCAAGAAACAAAGUCCUCGCCGGUUAUCGGCCUGUUUCAUGUGCUAUGGAACGGCAAGCGCUCUUUAACCGCAUCGCUCCUGUAUACGAUAAUUUGAACGAUUUGUUGAGCUUGGGGCAGCACCGUGUGUGGAAAAGAAUGGCUGUCUCCUGGAGUGGAGCAACAGAGGGAGACUGCGUGUUGGAUUUGUGUUGUGGAAGUGGGGAUUUAGCGUUUCUUUUGUCUCAGAAGGUUGGCUCUGAAGGCAAGGUGACUGGUCUUGACUUCUCAAAGGACCAAUUAUUUGUUGCAGCAUCUCGACAAGACUUGCUUUGGAAGGCUUCCUACAAGAACAUAGUGUGGAUUGAAGGUGAUGCACUUGACUUACCAUUUCCAGACAGUUACUUCGACGCAAUAACUGUCGGCUAUGGGCUACGCAAUCUGGUAGAUAGAACUAAAGCCAUCAAGGGGAUGUUUCGAGUCCUAAAACCAGGUGCUAGAGUUUCCAUUCUGGACUUCAACAAGAGCUCACAACAGUUUACUUCCACCGUUCAGGAAUGGAUGAUUGAUAAUGUUGUCAUUCCAGUGGCAAGCCGUUAUGGCCUCGCUGAAGAGUACACAUACUUGAAAAGUUCAAUUAGGGAAUUCUUAACAGGAAAAGAGUUGGAGAAGCUUGCUUUGGAAGCAGGAUUUUCUGAUGCCAAGCAUUAUGAGAUUAGUGGAGGCCUUAUGGGGAACUUGGUAGCAACUCGUUAGAUUGUAUUUUCACUUGUUCUCUCUGCAACUUCACAGCCUCAUUGGGUGAAAGAAUAUAAAUAUUGCCAAUGGUGCUAUGUGAUAAGCAAGAAAAUGGGUGUGAAUUUAUCUUUGGGAAUUCUUGGUAUUUUCCCUAUUUUUAUUUGGGUGACUAUUGUGGUGGGAGCAAUUUUUAGUCUCAUUUGAAAUGCUUCCUUUGAACUUCAAAGCUGUGUAAUAUGCACUAUUUAUUUCAGAGAAAUUUGAAAUAAAAUCUUAAUUCAUUUUCUGCUCGU